AUUUGAUUGGUCAUGUUACUACUUCACUUUAAGUUUUUUCACUGAGCAAAUCUAUUCACUUCAUUGAGUUAUUCAGCGUUGCUUAACGCACGUUGUAAUCAGCACUGAAAUUAAUUUCUGAUUCAUCCAAUCUUCGCUUUGUUUCCUAUAAAUUUAAAUUAGAGCAUAACAUGCUCAGAAUCUAUCCAUGGCUCAUUCUAAUAACUGCUGCUAUGAGUGUUAUCUUUCUAGGAGGAAAGCGCAGAGCAUUUGGAAUAUUUGUUGCUAAACUGCACUCAGAAUUCAAUCAGACCAGUUUAGCUGAAUUAAACUGGAUCGGUGAUUCAUACGCCGCGGUGGGCUAUUUAAGCACAACACUGACUACGUCAGUUAUACUGACAAGUGGCCGCUGGUAUGGUUUAUCACAGUUUUUUGGAGCUUGUUUUGUUCUCCUAGCUUGUAUAACUAGUGCUUUUGUACCGAAUCCACACUGGUUAUUUUUAACGCACACAUUAUUUCAUGGAAUCGGUUCAUCUCUUGUAUUGAGUACGUCUGGUCUCGUUGUCAAUGAACAUUUCGAUAAAAAUCAUGAUUAUCAUAUACUAGCAACAACAUUAGUAUCUGGUGGUUCAGUUGCUUCAAUAUUAUUUGUCGAAUUAUACGCUAUUCUAAUAGACUAUCAUGGAUGGCGGUUGGCAUUCAUUGUACUCGGUGUAUUAUACUUUUUCGUAUUAUUACUUGGUGCAUUUGUAUUCCGGAAAGACUCUACGAAAUCGGAUUAUCAAAAUAAUAAAACAGAUGGAUGUAUUCGACUGCACAUGCAUUGGCAACAAAGGAUACUGUUGAUACUUUGGACUGUAGACAGAAUUAUCACGAGCAUUGUAACAUAUGGUAUGCUGUUAAAUCUUGCCGACUAUAUGUAUCGACAUGAAUCUUCACUACAAAAGAGUGUACUACUCACAAAUUUAUUUGCUGCUGGCGAAGCAACAACAUAUUUAAUUGGAGCUUCUUUAACUGCACUGACCAAGGAUUUCUUAAAAAAUCGUCUUAAAUACAUUUUAAUUGGAACAAGUAUUGGUAUGGCGUUUGGUUUAAUAACAUGGGAGUUUGUAGCUUUCAGUCAUUCACUGAGUUCAUUUUUAUCCUAUGCAACAGGAUUUUGUCUUGGACCAUCGGUGACAUUCUUAUUUCCGGCGGGUGAAGAAAUGACUUUAUUACCAGGUCAUUUAGCCUAUCCCUUCUCUUUAGGUGGAAUGGGUAUUGGAAUGGCAUUAUCACCGAUUCUUUCCGCCUUCAUUGCACAAACAUUUAAAUAUAGAUGGUUUUUCUUAGUUCAAGGUAUUAUCGUUAUCAUUAAAUGUGUCUGUCUAAUAUGCUCGUGGAUGAUAUUGAAAAAUUUAACAAAAUCUGAUAUGUUUAUUGUUGAAACAGAAUCAAUUCAUGAAGAAUCAAAAAUAUCCACUGGUAAAUGUGAUACAACUAGUUGUGGAUCACAAGUUAAUCAUAAAAUCUAUGAUAAUUUAUCACCGGAAAUUUUUUCUUCCACCAGCAGUGAAACAGAAUACCUUAUUAGUCCAAUCACACAAAAACGUCCCGUUUCUAAAGUGAGUUCACUGAUUUCUGUUACAAGUAAUUUAAAAGACUGAUUACUGAACAAAGAAUGUUCUCCUCAAUUACUUCUUCAUCAGACUCUACAGUUAUAUUUUCAUAAAAAUUAAAGAUUUAUUGUUACAGUCAACAUUUAUGUUUUUCUCAAUAACAUGGAAUCAUUGGCAUCAAAAUCCCAAAAGUUAUAUACGAACAGAUUGUUAAUAGAUUAUAAUUCAAAACAUGGGUAUGUGAUAAUAUGCACGGAUAUUUUGUCUAUACAAGUGCGUUAAUAAGGGGUGGAGGAAUUUAUCCAUGCAACAUGGAGGAUCGUACCUAAAAAGUAAGACGCAAUACUGCAUUAAUGAAUUUAUGGAUUCCAAAGUCAGCCAGCGUCUCAUCAGUGGCUGAACCUAGCCUGCUGUAUGAAUCUAGGCGAACUGUGUGGAAAUUAUUCACUUCUUAUUCAGUUCCUAUCGAAAUUUCGAAAAGCUGACUGGGUUUUCAGAAGAG